AUGAAAUCAAUCUCGUGUCUGCUCGUCCUCGGGCUCGGCGCCACCGGGGCCCUCGCGGCGACCGCGGCCAACUUCCUCGGGUCCUGCGACGCCAACUCGAUCAAGGUCAGCGGAAGAACGCUGACGGCCAACUGCAAGGACAUCUUCGGGCAGUCCAAGUGUUCCAAACUCGACCUGAACCGCUGCAUCAAGAACAACUACGGCAGUCUGGAGGCGGAUCCCACGGGGGCUGGACCGCACCUCGGCGACCAGUGUGUCCAGUGCAGUAACUCGCCGCAAACCACGGGCUUCAUCGUCAACGGCGGGCCGACGUUAAUGCACUGCCAGUGCAAUCCUGGCACAGGGGCUGCCCAGGCCAACUGGCCGACCGCCAUGUUCGAUCUCAGUCAGUGCAACCGGAAACCCCUUGGGGGGACCGCAAAGCAUCAUGUUCAUCAUUCCAACUAA